AUGGUGGAACGAAUACAUGCUGAAAGGAUUCGUGUCUCCCUUGGUUUUGAUGGUCUUUUUUAUGUUAAUCCAACUCCACAAGGCGGUGGUGGCCUAGCACUACUGUGGCGUAAGAAUGAUACGGCAAGUCUCUUGAGUUACUCUAAAAAUUAUAUUGAUAUUGAGGUGAAUAUGCCCAGCUUUCCCAGAUGGAGGAUGACGUGUUAUUAUGGCUACUCCCAGCGACAUAGGCGCAUGGAGGCGUGGGACUUGAUAAAAUCCUUCGCGCAGCGCUCUACUCUACCUUGGGUUAUGAUCGGGGAUUUUAACGAGCUGUUGUUUCAGCAUGAGAAGAGGGGGGGCAAUCCACACCCCGAUAAUCUCCUACGCGGGUUUGGGGAGACUAUUGAUCAAUGUGGUUUGAAUCAGUUGCCUAUGGAGGGGUACCGUUUUACUUGGGAAAAAGGGAAAGGAACAUCAAAUUGUAUUGAGGAAAUGUUGGAUAAGGUACUGGUAUCUGAUGAUUGGCGGGAGAUUGUGCCGGGGGCCAGGCUUGUUAAUAAUCUGAUGCGGAAAUCGGAUCACUCCGCGUUAUUUCUGAGUAUUAAUGACACGUUCCAGGGAGGAGGGCGAGGGAGGAGGGGCUUUCGGUUUCGGUUUGAGAUGGCUUGGAUUUAUGAUGAUGGGUGCAGGAAUGUUGUGGAAAAGUCAUGGGAGGAGGGAAGGCGUGAUGGGGUCCAGGACUGUAUAGUGCAUUGUGGGAACCGGUUAACCAGGUGGGGUGGUGAUCGGUAUCAUAAGUUUGGGGAGAAAAUCAUGCUCCUGCGGAAUCAGCAACUGCGUCUGAGGGGUCGCACUGACUCUACUUCUUUGGCUGAAUUCCAAAGACUGGAAGGACUUUUGUGUAGUAUGGAGGCCCAAGAGGAUGUUUACUGGAAACAGAGAGCAAAGCGACACUGGCUCACUGACGCAAAUACAAGAUUUUAUCACAGGUACGCCUCUCAUCGUAAAAAGAAGAAUACUAUUUAUAAGCUUAUGAAUGAUAAUGGGGAUUGGUUGGAAGGAAAUGCUAUGAAUGCAAUUAUUUUGGAUUAUUUUACCCAUAUAUUUUCCUCUGGUGGACCUGUGGAUGGUGAUGUGUUAUUCUCUGGGAUAACCCCCCGUGUGACCCGUACUCAGAAUGAAUCCUUAUUACGACCCUUUGAGCUAGCUGAUGUUAAAGAGGCUCUGUUUGCAAUGGCCCCAGACAAGGCACCUGGUCCGGAUGGUAUGAACCCAGGAUUUUACCAGCACUUUUGGGACAUAGUUGGAAGUGAUAUUUCGACAUUUAUUCUAAACUGCCUCAAUAAUCGUGUCUUCCCCUCUGGUCUAAACGAUACGGAUGUGGUACUCAUUCCGAAGAAGAAAGUCCCUGAAAUGAUAACGGAUUUUCGCCCUAUAGCUCUGAGCAAUGUGAUUUACAGAAUUAUGGCGAAGAUGAUUACGCAAAGAAUGAAACCAUUAAUGGAGAAGAUAAUAUCGGGCUCUCAGAGUGCAUUUAUUCCGGACAGGUUAAUUACUGACAAUAUCCUUGUAGCUGCUGAGGUAGGGCAUUUCUUGAACAGGAAGCAAUGUGGUGCUGUGGGAUGGGGAGCACUUAAAUUAGAUAUGGCCAAAGCCUACGAUCGCAUGGAAUGGCCCUUUCUCCGUGAAAUGUUAUUAGCCCUGGGUUUUGAUAGCAGGUGGGUUGAAUUGAUUAUGUUAUGUGUCACUACUGUGUCAUAUAAUCUUCUGAUUAAUGGCUCUCGUAGUUCUACCAUUACACCCACGCGUGGUCUCCGCCAGGGGGAUCCAUUGUCCCCGUAUUUAUUUAUUAUCUGUGCAGAAGGGCUGUCAAUUCUAUUGCAGAGAGCGCAAGAUAGUGGAUUAUUACAUGGAUGCAGGGUUGCUAGAGGGGCACCUCCGAUCUCUCACUUAUUUUUUGCAGAUGAUAGCCUACUGUUCUUCAGAGCGAAUACGCAGGAAGCAUCUGAAAUUAGAAAUUGUUUGUUACUAUAUGAGAGUUUCUCUGGCCAAAAGAUAAAUUAUCAUAAAUCCAGUAUUUGUUAUAGCAGAAAUACGGGGCAGAAUGAUAGGGAUAUGGUAGCGCAAAUACUAGGUGUUAACCAAGCUCCAAGUUUUGGGAAAUACCUAGGACUACCCUCCUUUGUGGGCAGAAAUAAAAAGGCGGCGUUUGCAUAUAUAGAAGAUAAAAUAAGGCAGAGAAUUGGGUCCUGGAAUAAGAGGUUGUUAACCCAGGCUGGGAAGGAGAUCUUAUUAAAAAGUGUGGCCCAGGCAAUGCCAACUUUUUCAAUGAGUGUCUUCCUACUACCUAUAUCUACUUGUACAGCUAUUGAGCGGGUUGUGAAUCGGUACUGGUGGGGGUCAGGAACCGAGCGGGGCAUACACUGGAAAGCCUGGGAUAGAUUGUGUGUCCCAAAGAAAUAUGGAGGCAUGGGAUUUAAAGACUUAAGGGCAUUUAAUUUGGCAAUGUUGGGAAAACAGGCAUGGAGAUUGCUCACUAACCCAGACUCAUUGGUAGCCAGGGUUUAUAAGGCCAGGUAUUACCCAAAGGAUACUUUCCUAGAGGCAACUAUAGGAAAUAAUCCAAGUUUCUGCUGGCGGAGCAUUAUGGCAGCUAAAGAUUUAAUAUGUGGAGGUGUACGAAAGCGAAUUGGGAACGGGGAAUCUACCUUGAUAUGGGAACACCCUUGGUUACAGGAUGAGAUUGAUCCUAUGAUUCAUACGGAAAUGCCACAACACCUGUCUGGAGCCAAAGUGGUAGGAUUAAUUGAUCAGGAUACAAAAACAUGGGACCCGCACAUACUAGCUGAUAUUUUCCAACCAGAUGAUAUACCUAGAAUUCAGAAAAUACCGGUUGCCCCUGAGUAUGAAGAUAUAUGGUAUUGGUAUGAUGAUCCUAACGGUUAUUAUUCAGUCAAAAGUGGGUAUAGACGAAUAGUUGGAAACUAUGAGAACAAUUCUAAUGGGAUUUUUAGUGAAUGGCUUACCCUAUGGAAACUAAAAAUCCCACCCAAGUGGAAGACAUUCUUAUGGAGGGCUAUUUGUGAUAUCCUCCCUACUACCAAUAAUUUGCUUAUAAAGAGAGUGGAGAUUAACCCGAUUGCAAUCUUGAAUGUUCUAGACUUUGAUGGAAUUAUUUAUGCAGCUGCAAUACUUUAUCAUUUAUGGAGGGCGCGAAAUGGUGCAGUGUGGGAUGCCUGCCUACCAACGCCAACCAAGCUAUUAUUGACUGCAACGUCCACGAUGAAGGCGUGGAAAAUGGUUCACCACCGUGCGCCACAGCCGGAACGGGGCCAAGGAACCGCCGCUACUGCCCGUACCGCCGCUGCUGCCUAUACCGCCGCUACUGCCCGUACUGCCGACCAGCCUCCGCUGCCGCCUACUGCUGGACCGACUGCCGCUUUUCCACCGCCGCUGCUGCCCGUACUGCCGGACCCGCACCAUGGUGUAUCACCAUCACCGGUAAAAUGCUACAUGGACGCCAACUACCACCACGGAACGAAUGCCGCUGCUGUUGGGGCGAUCCUCCUCGACGCCAACGGCCAUUAUUUGUCGGCUUUCACCGCCCCAUUGAUUGGAUGCCACUCCCCGCUAUCGGCUGAGGCUAUUGCAUGCAAAGAAGUCUUGUCAUGGCUCAAGAGGCGGGAUGAAUUAUCUAUACAAGUAUUCACGAAUUGCCAAGUGCUACAGUCCUAUCUAUCGGGACCAUCAAUAACACCACGGUCAUACCUGGGCUAUGCUAUCGACAACUGCAGAGCUCAUAUAUCUACUUUUUCGUAUUGCUCAAUUAUUUACAUUCCUAGAUUACAAAAUUCAUUAGCUCAUACUCUAGCUUCUACAGCUUUCACGUUUGAUACUGCUAUGUACUGGGACAAUGUCCCUCCAGACUCUAUUUUACCACUUCUAUAA